GUUUUCUGCGGCCACCACCACCUCAGUGGGGUAGAAGAAGAUGUCGUACUUUCUCUACGGCUACAGCCAGCACAAGCCGGCGCGAGAGGGGAACGAGGUCGCGCGGACGCUGAAGACGAUCGUAGAUGAACCGGCGUACGCGUUCGACGUCCAGACGCGCAAGGAUCUCGUCGCCGUGAUCUUGGAAGAUGUCCGGUUGUGCGCACAAAACGAUCCCCAAACGCGGCUGCUGCGAACCGACGCCGCGCUCGCCCUGCUCGCGAUCAAGAACCUCGCCAAGAUCCCCAUCGGCGCAGGCGUGCUCAUCACGGAGCCCAACCUGAAGACGCUCCUCGAAGCCUCGACCGCCUUCCCGGACGAGCCCGCGGCGCAAAACGAGGCGCUCCGGUGCAUCGCCAACUCGCUCCUGCUGCACGAGUCUGCGCGGACGACGUUCGUCACCGACAAUGUCCGCGGCGACGAACGCUGCGUCGAACUACUUGACAAAUCAGACGACCCGGAGCAGAUCUUCCUCGCGAGCCGGAUCCUCUUCCUCUGCACCGUCUCCUCCCUCGCCGCGGGCGACUUCAUCAAGUCCCUCGUCGAGCAAGCGCGUGUCGUCGAUGUCGUCGGUCCCAAGAUCGACCUUCUCACCGCGGCCGUCGCCGCCGGAACCAAGAUGGCCCGCGAGGCGCUCACCGAUCUCAUGAAGUUCGUCUUCAACCUGCUCGUGCACUACCCCAAGCUGACUGACGCGCCAUGGGCGCCGAUCAACCAGAACGCGCCAAAGCCGGACGACCACGCGAAGGUCAUGGGCGAGUACUGGAGCGACCGCUUGGACGGCAUCCUCGCCCCCCUCCUCCGCGCCUUCCACACGCUCCCCCCUCCGCCCGCCUCGCCCACGCCGCUCGCCGCCCCACUCACGCACAUCAUCCACGCCCUCAUCUCCGUCCCCUUCACCCCCUCCCUCCUCCCAACAUGGCACGCCCCCGCCCCCACCUCUCCCUCACCGCUCACCACCACCAAACUCGCCUCCGCCGCCGAGUCCUCCUCCUCCCGCUCCGGCUCGCCCACGAGCACCUCCAAACCUCCCGGCGCCUUCGACCGCGCCAUGUCCGUCCUCUCCUCCGCCUCCCGCCGCUCCUUCUCCGGCAUCCGCGGCUCCUCCCCCUCCCCCUCCUCCCCCUCCCCCUCUCCUCCCACCUCCUCGAUCGACGUCCUCAAACGCGCCCAAGACCUCCUCGACGCCUCUUUCGCCCACUUCCUCCAAGGCACCUGCGACCCCGACGACGCCGCCGUGCGCGAGCGCGCCUCCGCCGCGGGCGACACGACGCUCGACGAGCUGCACGGCCCGCUCGUCGUGCUCCUCACCCGGCUCGCGCUCGCCGACGCCGCCUGGCGCAAACGCACGCUCGACUGGCUCGUCCCCGCAGACCUCGACCGCACCGGCCCACCGCUCGAGGCGCGCCCGACACUCCUCGGCCGUUGCCUGCGCCUGCUCGGAUCCGUGCACCAUCCCCGGCUAAAAGACGCCGUGGGCGAGCUCUUGUUCGCCGCCUGCGAUGAAGACGCCGGCGCGCUCGCGUCCCAAGUCGGCUACGGCAACGUCGCCGGUUUCCUCUACAACCGCGGUAUCAUGGCCAACCCCUCCCCGUCCGCCUCCUCCUCCGCCAGCGCCGCGGGCCCGCAGACGACGCCGGACGGCCGGCCGAUCAACGCCAUCACCGGCGUCGUGCAGCCGGCGCAGGAGCACAGCGCGCUGGACGAGAUGACGGAGGAGGAGAAGGAGCGCGAGGCGGAGAAGCUGAUGGUGCUCUUCGACCGGCUCGAGCGCAACGGGGCGAUCGCGCCCGAGCAGAACCCGGUCAGGCAGGCGAUACGGAAGGCGAACAGUUGA